AUGGCCCAGCCCGAUGCCGCCACCGGCUCAGACGCUGUCAACACGACCGCGACAACGGCAGCGCCCAAGAAGCCUGCGUCGGCACCCGAGAAGAAGUACAAGUGCCAGUACUGCAACCGAGCCUUCAGUCGAAGCGAACAUCGGAGUCGACAUGAGCGAUCGCACACCAAGGAGCGCCCCUUCAAGUGUCAGAAAUGCCGAAGCACCUUUGUCCGUCGAGAUCUGCUCUUGCGUCACGACCGAACUGUCCACGCGAAGGAUGGCGGUGUGCCUUUGCAGUCUGAAAGCAGAAAGAAAUCGGGGACAGGUACAGGGACGAAGACGUCGCCCUCAACGGCGGCUCCGUCAAAGCCCUCGAUCAACAUCGAUGCUGGCACGUUGGAGCAAAUAGAGGCAAGCAGCGAUGGUAUGCUCGACCUUGAAACUGCCGCCAUGUUGAUGACAGACUUCCAACACAAGGCGGCAGCAGCAGUGAACGGCCAUCUCCAGAACGGCGAAGGAUUCACCCCCAGCUACUCUCCGGACCGCAGCUCUCUCCUCGAAUCUUCCGACUAUCUCAGUGGUCCCCACAGCCUACCACAUAUGCCCUGGGACACGUUCAUGCCACAAGGACCGUCGCAAUCGAAAGCACAUUCCAUGUCGAGCCUGUCUUCGCAAGACAACCUGUCUCAGCCACCGUACGUCCACAUGGGAUCCAUACAGCCUCAUCAAACGCACCUCCCGCCCAUCAUGGAACGUCAAAACUCGCUCGGCAGCUCUCUUCCUCCGGCAUUCCCCUCGUUGGCGGACACUUUCCCGGUUUCUGGAACCCCGACACCAAAUGCGCUGUCCCCAUUUCCCUCCAUGACUGGCCCUGUGUCUCCGGUGAAUUACCGCAAGUCGCCAGGUCCCGCCCAACCCCUUUCCCUGCCCAAAGCUCCACAGUUCAACAAUGAGGACGAAAGAGCGAUCAUUGCUAACCAACUAGGCGGGGAUAUCAUUCUACCACCGUUGCCCUCCAUCAAUCUCUACCUCACCACGUACUUCAACUUGUUCCACCAUCACAUGCCCUUCCUCCAUCCCGUCACAUUCCGCCCUGAGAGCUCCGAGCCGGCUCUGCUCCUGGCCAUUUUGUCGAUUGGAGCACUCUAUAACUUCGAGCAAGAACAAGCAUAUCUUCUUCAUCACGGCUCCAAAAAACUCGUGAACCAAUUCCUGCAAAACAAAGACAAUUUUGACUCCCGCAAAUGCCCACUUUGGACGAUGCAGAGCACCCUUCUGAACAUGGUCUUUGAGAGCUGGAGCGGCGGUUCUCAAGGAUUGGAAUGGGCAUGCUCUAUUAAGAGCUUGCUUGCUAAUAUGGUUGCUGGCAACAAAUAUGAGCUCAAGCUUCGAAUCGAUGCACGUUCGGGUACGCACCCGACUCACGAAGAGUGGGUUGCCGAAGAAGGAUGCCGGAGGACCUACUAUGCGGUCUACAUAUUCUUUGGCAUGCUGACUCUUACCUACAACCACACCCCAGCCAUCAGCUUUAACGAAUUUGAUUCGUUGCCUCUCCCAUCAUCAGAAACGCUGUGGAACAUCGAACCCUCGGAUGAAGAAUCGUGGCAAGACAUCUUUGCAGCUUCGCCAACAAUAACUGUACGCGAGGCGCACGAUAGCCUUUUCCAAGGUGAUCCAGCCCGCUACAGUGCUUUCGCAACUAGGGUGAUGAUCAAUGCCCUGUUCUUAGAGGUCUGGAAUCUGAGAAGGAGCUUCGAGUCAUUGCAGGACGUUGUUUUGGAAUGGAAGAUUAGAAUCGCCUUGGAAACCUGGGAGCGAUCUCUUGAUCUGUGUGAACCCGAGACCAUUGUCGUUCCACUGUCCACACCCCACAAAAGCCAUCCACUCAUCUUCAACUCGAUGGCGGUCUACCGAAACACGCGGGCUUUCCUUGAAGUGGACCUUAAGAAUGUCCAGGAAGCCUUGCGGUACCACAACUCUUUCGAAAUUGCCGGCGCAAUGACACUCUCCCGAGACAAUGUCAAGCGGACCAAGGAGAUGAUCAAAGUGGUCGAACAAUGCUACGAGUGUAUGGAGAUCGUUGCUAUGCAGGGCAUCAACUGGGUGACGAAGACUUCUGCGACCAACUGGAGCAUUGAAUUCCCUCUCUGCGGUCUGGAACUCAUUACGAUUCUCAGUCUGUGGCUAUAUCGUAUAGAGCAUGACGACCAAGAAGCGACCGAAGAGGAGCUCGCCAUGUACAUGAAAGUGCGUGGGUUGUUCGACGACGAUGCUGUUGAUUCAAACGGCUCUCGUUUGAGCUCUACAGUCGCGCGGGUUUGGGGCACUAUGCUGGACGGCGUCGUGGUUUGGGGUAUCUCCAAGACCAUGGGUGAAUCGUUCAAGCUACAUGCCCAAGCUCUGGUUGGAUAUAUUGAUGAACUCCCCAUGGAUCCCGUCACAGGCAUGCCGCAGGUCACGGAUCAAACCAUGAUGGGCAUGGAAACAGCAUAUUGA